CAUUCUGCAGGCGCUAUGGAGGACCCGGCGGACUGGUCUCGACGAAACCGACCGCAAAAUCAUUCGCGAAAUGUUCGACAUCUCCUCAGAUUCCGAUCUCGAUCCCCUUUUUGUAUGCCUUCGGAUAUUGAUGCGCAAGUGUGUCUAUGAAAAUAUCUGUAAAGAUGAGAUUCACAAAUUGUUUCCUGAAGAGGUGCUUCCAGAGUUGCGGAGGUGCCUUACCUUGCUUUUGCAAAAGUUUCAGCAAGGGUGGAGAGAAGAGGCUCACAAGGAUAAGAGAGGUGUAUGCACAACGUCAUGAAGCUAUACCCUCACACAAGGAAAAAGAGGCGCAUGCAUCAAAUAUUUUUGGGGAUGCGGUAAGGUGCG